UGCACCGGACUGUUCUCAUGUGAUUAAAAUGUUCCAUUAUUUUUAUCUUGUUUGAGAGGAAAUGAUGAACACAUGCUGGCUUUUGUGGAACAAAGAGGCAGGAGAUGUGAAAAUCACUUCUGUUCCGACAGAGGUUUCUGUGCAGUGGGCGGACACCCCCAUCAAAUCACUCGAGUCAAUGUGACAGACGUGUAAUUGGGAAAUUGUCAGUAUGCGCCAUGGUAUUACUGUCAGAGUGAUUCAAACCCUGCUGCAAGAGUGCUCAUCAUAUUUAGCAGAAAUAUGUAUUUAAAUCAGUUUUUGUCACUUGAGUAGAAGUACAAGUAUCUGCUGAACCGAUCCCAUGUUUACACUCGCUGGCGGUUAUUUUAAUCCGGUGCCAAGAAAUGAAAACACAGUAAAAGUACACGACAGAGGUAGGUGAGUACUCGGUACAUUUCCAGCACUUUUGUUUAUGUGCACAUUUACGUGCGUGUCUCAUGAAUGCGAGCGGCUCUCCUGCUGUUCAGCGCCUUCGGAGCGUUUUUACGCAGCGGUGAUGUGCAGCUCGGGCCCGGCGCUGAUUGGUGGCUCGGUGGGGCACUCCUCAGCAAGAUGGCUGCAUUGCUGCGCGCAAUAGUGGCAUCCUGGUGAAAUGACGCAAGCCACAGUUUACGUUCAGUCCUCGCGGCUCCGAGCCUGAGCUCUCCAGUCUCCAUAGCGCAGAUCCCGCCCGACACAGCCGGAAGACCGCCCGACUCUCCUCCUCCACCGGACCGAGUGGAACCGGUUCAUUUGAGAUAUUAGAAGAAGGGGUAGUUUCAGCAGCUUUGGCAGAUUUUGAUGCCAGAUGUUUGGACUCGUGACCCCCUGAGGUGAGAGUGCGAUGAGGAGAAGUUUCAGAGUGUGAGGCCAUGGGCUGCACCUCGGCCAAGCAGGUGUCGGCCGUGCCCAGCGAUGAGGAGGGACGCGGCAAGGCCUACAGCAACGGCGACGUCUUCACCGACGAAUACAAGAAGGGAGUGGAGGAGGUGAAGUACAUGAGAGGGGAUGAAAACCGAGUGAAUGCACGCAACCAGGAGAACCUGGAGAAGAGUAAUGUCCAGCACAAGGGCAAACAGCAGAAAGAGGUUCCUGCACCAAACAUCAAAUCCAACAUUCACACGUCAGAAAGCCAGCAGGAAUUUUUCAGGAUGCUGGAUGAGAAGAUUGAGAAGGGACGAGACUACUGUUCGGAGGAGGAGGAGGAGGAAGAUGGGACAUAGCACAGAGGCCCCCAGGAGUCACCCCCACAGAGAGCCUCACCGUGUGUGUGUGUGUGUGUGUGUGUGUGUGUGUGUGUGUGUGUGUGUGUGUGCGUGUGCCUGAGAGAGCGCUAAAUCAGUGUUUGACCAAUGGGGUGUUGACAGGACACUUUAUGUUGGUAUGAUUUUGUGAGUUGUUGAACAUGUGGCAAAGAUAAUACUUUAAAUACAAGCGAAAGAGUGGGGGAUGCUUGAGACAGAGAGAGAGAAUGGCAUAAAGAAAACUUUCUUCAGAGACUAUACACAGCCCUCCUUACUUAGCGCCUCACCCCUUCAGGCCCCGGGUGGACAGAUGGAGGUGGCGAGGGAUGAAGUGACAGGCAGAUGAAAGGAGGGAGGGAUGGAGGAUGACGCAGUGACGGAUGUGCACACAUCGCGUGAACUCGUCUCUGACGGGUUGGGCACGGCCGUUUCCUCGAGCUGGAUAAAGGCGGCUUCGCAGGCCUCCAUCUGUCCUCCUGUCUGUCUGUCUGUCUGUCUGUCUAUAUUUAACCUCUGCAAUUGGACAAAAGAACUUCCCAAAUACGGAGGCCCAGGAAGGAGGAACAUGUUGGUGGGUGUCUCGAGAUGCACGAGUGGAGAAGAAAGAGCGCAGGGAAGGAGAUAUCUAACACUACCAGGAUCCACACUGAACUCUUUGGCCUGCCUGGCUACAGUCAGGCUGGCCUGGGCCGCGGCAGCCUGAGAGAACGGGUGAGGGAGGAAGAGGGAAGGCGGAGAAAGGGGGGAAUAUUUUGGGGAUAUUUUAAUAAGAGAGAAUAUGGAGCGAGCUGGUGAUUUGAAACUCAACUCCUCCUGCCUUGAAGUCAAGGACCCUGUUUUUGUUUUUGUUUUUUAUUCUGUUCCAGCCAAUCAUUCACUCAAGCCCUUCCCUUCCAUGAUGUUCUUUUCUUCAGUUUGUUUUACUCUUGGCUUCCAUCGUAGUGUAUCCUCAUCAAAGCCAUUAUCGCCCUCACCGCCACAGCAAUCAGAGUGAAGCUGCAUAAUUCACCGCAUCUGUGUCUCAACCCAAUCCGUCCUCCACCUUUUACCAGAACCUGGCAGAGCCGUGCUAACGUGCACGUGCAGUCUAUUCUUGUACAUAUGGUAGCACACACGCAUUCCAGCACACGUUCGGCGUAUCGAUAUGAGUCACUCAAACACAUUAAUGUGUUCUCCUCAUUUCACCAGCAGACUGUCAUGUGCAUCAGUCAGAGGUGUUCCAUGUAGCUCCACAUUUCUGCUUUGGCUGAGUAUUCACACACACGCGCGCGCACACACACACACACACUGGCACUGAAGCAGCAAACUGGGCUGAGCGUAAGGGGAGGAUGCAUGGUUGCCGUGGAGACACAGACCUAAUCACUUUUUUUUCUUUUUCUUUGAUUUGUUUUGUUUUGUUGCUGUUGUCAUCUUUACUGGAUACUUACUGUUGUAUUAUUUUAAAUACUUUUUUCUAUUAAAAAUAGAAAGCGCAGAAGCUCUGA